AUGAAUACUAAACAUCCAAUUGAACUUCUCAAGAAAAAGGUUAAUGCUGAUUCUAUUUCUUAUAAAUUCAAAUGGAAUAACAAUUCAGUUUCUAUUGAACCAUUUACUCAAUUAACAUAAGAAAUGUUAAUCUUAGUCAAUAAUUAUGAAUUAAGACAACUAGGAUAUGAUCCAUAAGAACCUAAACCAUCUAAACAUAUUAAAUAAGAUACUGAAAAUGGAAAAUAACUUGAAGAAAAAAGAGAAAGAAGACAUAGUGAAAAAAGUGAUAAAACAUUAGAUAAACCUUCUUAAAAACAAAAAUAAUCUAAAGAUACUGAUAGUAUUUAAGCUAAUAUUAAUUCUGUUUCCAUUACUUCUCAUAAACCCAGAAAAUCAAAACCUUGUUAGGUCAAAUCUGUUAAACAUGAUAAUGGAAAAAUUGAAUUCUUAGUUUGUUUUGAUGAUUCAACUGAAACCAAAUGGGUAACAUUAGAUGAAAUGAAAGAAAAAGCACCUUUAGCAAUUUGUGAAUUUUUAUUAGGAAAAGUCAAGUAUGGAGCAGGAGCAGCAUCUAAUAAUAAAAAAUGA